GACUUCUCCGACCUGCGCCAACCGCACACCAGCCCGGCCGCCGAUGACGACGACGCCGGCUCCCUCACCACCUAUUUAAUCAUCUCCUUGGUCUUCGUCUCCCUGCUCUUCCUCGUCUCCACCGCAGCCUUCGUGGCUCGCAGGCUGUGCCAGAGAAAGCAGCUGAAGGCUGGCCACGUGCUUUCCGGGGCCGACAACCUACCGAGCGGCCUGGCCGAUGCAGCUGCUGCGGGGACCCUGCCCCGCCCCUACUGCUACGAGAUCAGCCUCACCACGGGCUCGGGCAACAGCGAGUUCAGGUUCCUCAAGCCCUUCGUCCCCAGCCUGCCACCACAGCCCUGUGUCAUGGGCGUGGACACCGAAGCAAAUAAGCAAAGAGAAAAAAGGAACGAAAGCACUUUGACAUUCAAACGUUUCGGCUCCUUCUGGCUAUUUCUGAGAGGCUUUAAGAAUGGGGACGGCCGCCAGCAUUUUCGCUUCGACCGCGCCAGCGGCCGCCUCGUCGUGGCCGACAGGCUGGACCGGGAGCAGCUGUGCGGCCAGGCCGACACCUGCACGCUCCCCUUCGAGCUGCUGCUGGCCGACCCGCUGCAGUUCUUUCGGGUCGAGGUCACCCUCGACGACAUCAAUGACCAUUCGCCCGUUUUCCCUGAGGAAAGAGUCACUUUUGACAUUCCUGAAACGAGUGACCCGGGCUCUCGAUUUCCUCUGGACGUUGCUCAAGACUUUGAUAUUGGCAGCAACAGUGUGCAGGCAUACAGCAUCGCUCCUGAGAACGAAUACUUCACUGUCUCCUAUGGGAGUCGGAUUAGGGGCAAGAAAUAUGUUGAACUUGUUUUGGAAAAGCCCCUAGAUAGAGAGGAGCAGGCAGAGAUGGAUUUCAGUCUCAUUGCAGUAGAUGGAGGUUCUCCACCAAGAAGUGGGACCACGCAAAUUCACAUUAUAAUUUUAGAUGCGAAUGACAACGCUCCUGUCUUCACACAGGAGCUGUAUAAUGUGCAGGUUUUGGAAAAUACACCCGAGGGUUCUGCGGUUCUAAAUGUGUUGGCAACAGAUCAGGACGCUGGCGUUAAUGGGGACAUCUCCUAUGAGAUCAGCCAAGCAGUCAGUCAGAGUGACUCAGCAUUUGUGAUUGACUCCAGGAGUGGGGAAAUUAAACUCUCAAAGACUCUGGACUUUGAGGCAGCACAGACUCACGAGCUCAGUGUGAGGGCCAGAGAUGGUGGGGGACUUUCAGCAAUCUGCAAGGUGUUGGUGGAGGUGUUGGAUGUGAAUGACAACGCACCCGAGCUGGUGGUCAGUUCCUUCAGCAGUCCCCUCCCCGAGAACUCCGCGCCCGGCACGGUGGUUGCCCUCUUUACUGUCAGGGACCGCGAUACCGGCGCCAACGGCAAAGUGUCCUGUGCCCUCGACCAUCAGCUCUUCUUCUCCCUGCGGCCAGCCUAUAAGAAUUACUACGAGCUGGUGACUGUGAGGGCGCUGGACCGGGAGGACACGGCUCAGCACAUCCUCAGCGUGACAGCAGCAGACGCGGGGUCCCCUCCUCUCACUACCACCCACACCUUCACCGUGGACAUCUCGGAUGUCAAC